AUGACGUCCGCAUACGCCAAUGGCUCUGCUAAGGCGGCCUACUUGACAUCCUCCGCGACGACUACUGCAUUGAGCAGAUGGAGCAUCGCGACGAAGCAGCUGCCCGCGGUCGACAAGAUCAAAGCCCUACACAUCUACGACUUUGAUAACACACUCUUCAAAACUCCCUUGCCGAACCCCGCACUAUGGAGCGGUCCUACGAUCGGCGUUCUGUCAAGUCAAGACGUCAUUUGCAACGGCGGCUGGUGGCACGACUCCCGAAUCCUUUCAGCGACCGGCGAGGGCGCCGACACGGAGGAAAAGCGCGAGUGGGAGGGCUGGUGGAAUGAGAAGAUUGUCGAGCUGGUGAAGCUGAGCAUCAAGCAAAAGGACGCUCUUUGUGUUCUGCUGACGGGUCGCUCCGAGCGAGGCUUCGGGGAGCUCAUCAAGAGGAUGAUCCAGAGCAAGGGACUCGAUUUUGAUAUGAUUGGCCUCAAGCCUGCCGUCAGCCCGACGAAUCAGAACUUCUCGAGUACGAUGCAUUUCAAGCAGCUCUUCCUCACUGCGGUCAUGGAAACGUACAAGAACGCUGAAGAGAUUCGCAUCUACGAGGACCGCCCGAAGCACGUCAAGGGAUUCAGAGAUUUCAUGGCGGAGUAUAACCGCAAGCAGAACAUCAAUGCCACUCGCACGCGCGGGCCUAUCACGGCGGAGGUGGUCCAGGUCGCAGACAUGUCAACGACGCUGGACCCUGUGGUCGAGGUUGCCGAGGUGCAGCACAUGAUCAAUCUCCACAACGAGGAGAUUGCCAAGCAAUCGUCUGAUGUGCGCCCGCAACGCCUGAGGGUCAAAAAGACUGUCUACUUCACAGGUUAUUUGAUCAGCAAAGAAGAUACGGCGCGCUUGAUGAAGCUUGCCCUGAUCCCCUCAGGCUUACCUGAGCAGGAGCUCAAGUUCCACGCCAACAACAUUCUCAUCUGCCCGCGUCCUUCCCCGGCCAGUAUCCUGGAAAAAGUCGGGGGCAUGGGCAGUAAAAUGAAGUGGGAGGUCACUGGCACAGCGUGCUUUGAGAAUAGCAUCUGGGCAGCGAGCCUCCGACCCGUCCCCGCUACGGCUAAAUUCCACACGGAUAACCCGUCGCCUCUCGUCGUACUCGCACUCCGAAAGGGCGCCCGCCCCGUGGAUGCCGGCAAGAUCCAGAACUGGCAGCCCAUCCCUGCCGAUAAAGCAAUGACCUUUGAGACCACGGUCGGCGAGAAAAUGAUUUUGCGCAUCGAGCCAGAGGACCCCCGCGAGGACGAGUACGAAUCGCUCUUCGCCAACAAGUCUUCUAAGCGGAAACAUGACGGCGGCGAAUACUCACGCGAUCACCACCGACACAACAACCCCUACAACGGCCGCAACGAGCGCCGCGACUUCCACUCUGGACGGGGAGGCGGGGGCCGUGGUGGUGGCUUCCGCGGCGGUGGAGGAAGAGGCGGCCGAGGCCGUGGUAAUGGCAAGGGCGGUCGCGGCGGACGGGGUAUGCACGGCUACCGCUCUCUCGACGACGUCGAGCCCCGGAAUCAGCAGGGAGGAUAUGGACAGACUGUCGAGUAUGAUGACAACAGCUACCCGUCCCUCCCGGCACAGCAGCAGCAGCAGCAGGGCGGCUUCCAGGGUCAACAACAGUAUCAACCGCCGCUUAGCGCAUGGAACUCAGGUCCCCCACCGAACGCCCCGACGGGCCCAGCCGGUCGUCCCAUGGGCGGCAGUGGUGGUAAUUACGGCGGUGGUGGAGGCGGCGGCGGAAGUGAUCUCCAAAGCUACUACUGA